AUGGGCGCCCUGCACGAGGGUCAUGUCUCGCUCAUGCGACAUGCAGCCGCCGAGAACACCGACGUCUUCGUUACCAUCUACGUGAACCCUACACAGUUUGGACUGAAUGAGGAUCUUGCUUCGUACCCGAAGACAUGGGAGGCAGAUAUGCGAGUCUUGGAAGAGCUGAACCAGGAGCUGGCGAGCGCAAACCAAGGCCGCGUGACGGCUGUGUUCGCACCAACCACAAAGACCAUGUACCCCACACUGCCGCCGGAUAGCAGUAUACCAGGUGUGGGGAGCUUCGUCGAGAUGCGUCCGCUUGGCCAGCUUCUCGAAGGUGCGUCAAGACCCGUCUUCUUCCGCGGCGUAGCGACGGUCUGCAUGAAGCUCUUCAACAUCUGCGCGCCAGAUCGCGUCUACUUUGGGCAGAAAGAUGUCCAGCAAACUCGCGUCAUCAAGCGCCUGAUUCAGGACUUCCAUCUGGAUACCAGCUUGCGUAUCAUUCCCACUUCAAGAGAGUCAGACGGCCUUGCGCUCUCCUCUCGCAAUGUCUACCUCGGUGCGCGUCGUCGUACUGUUGGUAUCGUCCUCAACCAAGCGCUUCGCAAAGCAGAACUACAAUACAACAACGGCAUGAGGUUACGGAACGACGUCCUCUGGCCUGCUUUCGACCACGGCAACAUGACAUUGAUCGAGCAAGAACAGAUGGAGCCUAGCAAACGCGCCAAGUUUGAGGUCGACUACAUUAGCCUCGCAGACCCUGAUACCAUGGAAGAGAUUGACCAAAUCGAUGAUUCGAAAGGCGCCAUACUCAGUGGUGCAGUGAAGAUGCUGCCAGUCGAGGAGCCGCAAGAGGGUGAAGAUUUAGGCCAGCUGGAUUCUGAAGGUCGACAGGUACCUGUGCGCUUGAUCGACAACAUCGUUUUGGACCCAAUGCGAUAA